AGAGUUUCGCUCUUAUUGCCUAGGCUGGAGUGCAAUGGUGCAAUCUUGGCUCACUGCAACCUCCACCUCCCGGGUUUAAGCAAAUCUGCCUCAGCCUCCUGAGUAGCUGGGAUUACGGGCACCCGCCACCACACCUGGCUAAUUUUUGUGUUUUUGGUAGAGACAGAGUCACCAUGUUGGCCAGACUGGUCUCAAACUCCUGACCUCAGGUGAUCCGCCCAUCUUGGCCUCUCAAUAAGUGCUGGGAUUACAGGUGUGAGCCACUGCACCUGGCCAAUUUUUCCAUUUUUUGUAGAGACAGGGUUUUGCCAUGUUGCCCAGGCUGGUCUUAAACUCCUGAGCUAAAGCAAUCUGCCUGCCUUGGCCUCCUAAAGUGCUGGGAUUACAGGUGUGAGCCACCAUACCCAGCCUUUCAGAGACAGAGUGUCUCUCUGUCACCCUGGCUAGAGCACAGUGGCACGAUAAUGGCUCACUGCAGCCUCAACUUCCCGGGCUCAAGCUAUCCUCUCACCUCAGCCUCCUGAGUAGCUGGGCCCACAGAUGCGUGCCAACACACCCGGCUUUUUUUUGUUUUGUUUUGUUUUGUUUUUGGUAGAGAUGAGGUCUCAGUGUGUUACCAAAGCUGCUCUUGAACUCCUGGCUCAAGCAAUCCUCCUGCCUCGGCCUCCUAAAGUGUUGUGAUUACUGGCAUGAGCCACCAUGCCUGGCCUUAAUGGAGUCUUAAGAUCAUGAUCUUCAUGCCGUCUUUACCUGGCUCCUUAGAUAUCUUUGCAAGAGCACUGUUUGAAAGCUCCUGCUCUCUCAAAAAAGGUUCAGAUAAUUUACAAACACCAAAAAUGACAGUGCUAUUGAAAUGGAGCUUUUCAGAGGCUGGCAGACAAACCACAUAUGUGAUAUCAUGAUAGCAUGAGGUUUUUAUUAAAUAGUUUUUGUACUGAAGUCCUAAUUUAGCAUGUAAAAAAUGAUUAAGUUUAGUGGCAUAUAUACUACAUGAAAAUAAGGUAUUCACAAAUUUAGGUAAUGUCUUCCUAUUCUUAAGUUACUAAAAUUUUGCUCCUGGACUCUUUUUCUACACUCUUCCAAAAUAGUCCAUCCAAUACUGUAUUUUAAAAUACCAUCCAUGUGCUGAUGACUACCAUAUUUAUAUCUCCGAUCCUGACUUCUCUCUUGUACACUGCUGUCUUGUGGACCGCUCCACUUGGAUAGCUAUUGGUAUCUGAAACUAAAAUUAUCUAAAACAGAAUUUUUAUCCCUCUAAAUCUGUUCCUUUCUAAGUCUAAAUGUUACUACCUUCUUCUCAGCCGCUCAAAUCAAAAAUCUAGAAGUUCUUGAUACUUCCUUCAUCUUCCACACUGAAUCCAGUUUAAGAGCUGUUAACCAAUACAUGCAACACGUUGAAUUAACAAAGUUGUUCAAUAUUAGGAAAUCUGUUAUCAUAGAAUAAAACCUACCUGGUUAAUGUAUAUUAUUAUAAUUUGAAUAUACUGUAUAAUUUCUUUCUUACAUUUAGAACUUUUGCAUAUAAGAUUAAUCUAUUCAUGUAUUUGGUUAGUUUGGGUGCCAUCUUUGUUGGGCUUUGUCAGCAGUUAGGCUAGCCUCAUAGACCAGUUGGGAUGCCUUCAAUCUUCAGUGUUGUAAGAUAAUCUAAGAAACAUAGGAAUUGUUAGAUGCUUCGAGUUUUGUUAUAGCAUGUCCGUAGAAUCUGUGGGUAAAGGAUUCUUUGUUAGGAAUGGAAUCGAGUAUAUAAAUCCUUAAUAAAGCUCUCAUUCCUUCCGUGGUUAUUCAUAUUUAUAACCUCUUCCCAAGUCAGCUUUGAUUAUAGGUUCUUAAUUUAUUGGCAUAAAGAUUUAUGCAGAAAUGGCACACUUUAAGCAUCCCUUUCAUCUCAUUGAAUAUUACAAUGGUAAUGUUAUAUAUUUGUGGAGUUCCCUGACCUCCUGGUCAUACUUUUUGGAGGUUAUUCACUCAUUCAUUCCUUCAUCAUUCAUUACCAGCUUUCCAUUUUGUUAAUGGGUUUUACUUUUUAAUUUUGCUUCCUAAUUUAUUUAUUUCUGCUUUUAAUUUUAUGCCUUUGUUCACCUUUAUUUGGUUUGUCUGCUCAUUUUAACACUUCCAACUUAAAUAUUUUAUUUAGUUUGUUUCUUGUUUUCUAUUAGAUGCAUUUACAACAUAAAUUUUUCUUUGUCAGUUUGGCCAUAUCCCAUAGGCUAUAAUUUUAUUGUCAUUCAUUUCUAAAUAGUCUGUAAUUUUUAUUUCUUUUUACUACAGUUAUUUGGAAGAGCAUUUUAAUUUGCAGAUAGUGGGAUUUUUAGAUGGUUGGCUGGUUUGUUUUUGGCUUUCUAUCUGCCUCUAACUUCUCAUUUUUAUGCAUCAUGAUGAGAGUAUAUUUCUAUUUUCCAGGUUUGAGUUUUUCCUCAAUGCCUUGAAAAAGUUAUUUUUCAAAAGUUACAGGCACAAAUGUUUGCCUGAAUCUCAACUUUGAAGUCAAGCAGCCCACAGUAAAUUAUUACGUGAAUACCUGAGAUACAGGGGUUGCUUUUGUUGUUGUUGUUGUUGUUUAAACACCUAAACCCUGGAGUUUAAUGCCAUCUCAUUAUUUAAGGCCUGUGGAUAAGAGAAAUAAAACUUCUGCUUGUCAGGGCUUUUUGUCCUUUUUGUGUAAGGAUAGGGAUGGUGCAACUUUCAAAAUAAAUGUAUUUUUCCUAGUUUGUUUUAAAAAUAUUUGAGUUCCUUAAAUGGAGUUUCCCUGUGAUAUUAAUAGUUCUCCACACUGAUUGGCCCUAGUAUGCUCCUUUCUAUGGGUUUUAUAGGAUUUCUUGGGGAUUGGAAGUUGAGCCAGCACCUAUGGCUUUUCUUUGGCCCCCACUGUACUCUUUUUUACCAGUUUAAUAGUAUUUCCAGGAGCACUUCUGAAUACUCUCCACCCUCACACUCAAGAUUUUAAAGCUUAGGAAAUAAUAAUUAACUCCUCUUUCCUGUCCUGCUUAUGGAUGGAAUGAAUAAACUGCCAUAGGAAUAGUAGAAUUAUAGAGAUUAUUCCACAUUCGUGAGAAUGGAGAAGGGUGGCAAUUCUAGUGAUUCCUGUAAGACAAUGAACAGACAACUAAUGCAUCAAAUCACUGCCCUUUUAUUUCCCAUUAAGUUUCCUACUCUUUAGUGUUCUGUCACUUCUUCUGAGUACAUUAAUGAGAGAGCCUCUGACUGGUCCUAAGGUCUUUCAAACCCCUCUUUGGAAUAGAACAUGAGUAGGGAACAAGAAGCAGCUAAUCUUUGAAGGCAAAUUUAGAUUCUACAAAUUAGAUAUUCUGUACUAAAAGAAAGACUAGCUUCAGAGUGUAGGUAGUAUAAUUUAAAGUAUGAUUUUUAAAGAAAAAUCUGGAAUCAGCUUAUAAGAAAAAACUUAACAAAAUUAAUUUUGUGGAUUUGGUUGAGGUGGGAAAUUGUACUGCUGGCCUGGAUGUCUGGGAAGCACAUACCAGGUUGGCAGCUGCAGCUUAGCUUCGAGAUCAUCCCGUGCUGUGAUAGCACCUGAGUGAAGAUGUGGCAGGUGGAGAAGGCACUUUGGAACUCCUGAGUGACAGCCAGAAGCCAGAGUGUUACUUUGGCAAGUGUGCUACCAGGUGCUGAGUCUUGGGCCUGAGCAUUCCUCACGAUAACAGGUAGAUCAUAACUGUUUAUUUCCUACUUUGAUAGCAAAUGAAUGUGCAUUUUACUAGAUUGGAUACUUAUUUGAUGGUAUACACCUAAUGUGAGCAGGACAGUUAAACAUGGAUUUACAUAUGAUCAAAAUCCUGAAAUAAUUUAUAAACCUAUAUACAGUGUAUAGAAUUCUCAUAUCCUUCAAUGUGUGAUAGAUUCUUACUCAACUUUUUUUGUUAUCUCAAAAAAAAAAAAUCAGAAUUAGAAGGUAAAAUAAAAGUCAGUAACUUAUUUUAGCAACACCAGUUCCGAAGACUUGACUCAUUUGUCUAAUUGCCAGAUCUUUGCUUCCCUAGUAGCUUUUUUUUUUUUCUGAGACAAAGUCUUGGUCACCCCAGCUGGAGUGCAGUGGCACGAUCACGGCUCACUGCAGCCUGAAUCUCCCUGGCUCAAGGAUUCUCCCACCUCAGCUUCCUAAGUAGCUGGGAGUAUAGGCACACACCACCAGGCCUGCCUAAUUUUUUUUUUUUUUUUUUUUAGUUUUUGUGGAGACAGAGUCUUUCUGUGUUGCCCAGGCUGGUCUCAAAUUCCUGGGCUCAAGCCAUCCUCUCACCUCAGCAUCCCAAAGUGCUGAGAUUACAGGCGUGAACCACUGUACCUGGCCCCCAGUAGCUUUUUGAUUACCAAAUCCAAUGGAGUAAAAGUUUUUUCCGCAAAUGAGAAAUAGGGUAAGCUGCUCUUAUCCUCCCCACAUCCCCAUCUUUCAGUGCAUGUGCAUGGUCAUGCACACAUGCACACAUGUACACAUGAACAGUCAUGCAUGUGAACAUACACAGGCAUAGAGGAGGAAAGGUGCAGGGAUAAGGAAGGAGGUCCACAGACCAGGAACAUACUAGGACUGCUGUCCUUAUAAUAUCCAUUGCAUUUACAUCCCCUCCUCAAACAUCCUUCACAUAUAUAGAUGUUUAAUUACCUUAGUCAUGUAAGCAUCGUAACACCUUCACUGAUCUUCCUUUUGGAACAUAUACAUAUAUUUUUGAGACAGGGUCUGGCUUUGUUGCCCAGGAUGGAGUGCCGUGGCACUGUCUUGGCUCACUGCAGCCUUGACUUCCCGGGCUCAAGCAAUCUUCCCACCUCAGCCUCUCAAAUAACUGGAAUUACAGAUGUGCACCAUCACACCUGGCUAAUUUUUUGUAGAGAUGGGAUUUUGCCAUGUUGCCCAGGCUGGUCUGGAACUCCUGGGCUCAAGCAGUCUUCCUGCCUCCGCCUCCCAAAGUGCUGGGAUUAUAGGUAUGAGCCACCACACCCGAUCCCUUUUGGAAUUUUGAUUUUUGGUGGAAGAGAUAAUGGAAGGAGCAACUAGGAAUAAAGUAUUUAGAUUGCCAAAUGGCAGCAUUAAGCGCUGAGAAGGAUUAAAGGACUAGAAAAGGAGGUAGAAGAGCCACAGAAGUUAACCUCCUGCUUCCUUCUGAUAACUGGCAGUUGCCUGCCAGAGGCCCUUUUCCUUGCCUUUCACUCUCCACUCCCAGUCAGUCCUGGCCCACUGGGUGUUGUAGAGGCCAAGAAGGACUGCAGAGUUGAGAGUGGUUGGUUUUGGCAGAGAAUUAUGGGAGGGAAAGCCAAUGGUUGCCUGACUGAACCAAGUCUAUUGUUUUUCCCCAUUUCACUGCUAUUCCUUCUUUUUUCUGUAAGUUAUUCUUUCUGUUGUUCUAAUUGAUUCAUUAACUCAUUCAUACACAGAUGUGCAUGCAUAUAGCCGUCAUCUCUCCUGCCCCACUGAAUCCAGUCUCCUGGUUUAAAGUUCUUAUCGCCUCUCCCCCAAAAAAAAAGAUUUAAAAAAAAGUCUUUUGAAACUGUUCCUAUCCCUCCCCGCCAUCCCCAAAAUAAUCCUUCUAUAUCUUAUUCUUUUCCUGCCAAACAUAUGCUGUCAUCUCUCUCUAGCACAUACUUAUUUCUUAGCUAGGAGUUUUUAACCUGUGUUCCAUGCUUCUCCAAAGAGUCGAUAGAUAGAAUUUGGAGAUUGUAUGAUGUUGAGUAUGGGAAAAAAUUUUCAUCUUUUUUUUCUACAACCUCUAAUUGAAAUUUAGCAUUUCCCUUAAUUGUGAAUGUAAGCAACAAACCCAAUGUUAAUAGCAGUAUUCACCCAUAGAAAUGAUAUUUCCCUACAUAUUACAGUUGAAACAAAUAUCCUGAAAUAUUUACACUUUUAACUAUGUCAAAAUCAUGUGAAUAGAUUUGCUGCUACAUCUUGUUAUUUUAAUGUGUUAGUAAAAAGCACAUAUUUUACUGUACCACAAUUUUUAAUAUUUUGAGGACUAUAAUAUAAUUGGCUUCUUUUGCAAUUCAUCCUAUGUUUUUGUUUUAUGCAUUGAAAAGCCUUGCUUUGAAAAGAAGUCUGUAGACUUCAUUAGACUGAGAAAGGGGUCCAUGUUACAAAAAUAUGCCUGUUUAUCCCAUCUCUCUUCCUUUUGCAGAAAUAGCUCUCUCAGGGACCAUUAGUAACCUUGACCCACAUCCUCUUCUCUGUGCCAUCAGUUAUUUUAUAACUCCUUCCUCUUUUGUCUUUAGUAUCAAAUCCUGACUCAACCCAUUGGCUCUAUCUUAGAAAAUAUAUCAUGUUUGUUUCUCUUUUUUUCUGCAUAACUUUAGGUAACUUAGUCAGCUUUUACUUGGACUAUUAUAAGACCUUCCUAAAUUGUCAUCUUUGAGUUUCUUGCCUCCCCAAAACUAAUACAGCUGGAGUUGUCAUCCUAAAAUAGAAAUAUGUACUCAGAAACCUUCAGUGGUUCCCAUUACCUUUCUAAAAUGUGGGUAGAAGAACACUAUUCCCUUUUUCAGAAACCUUCAGUAGUUCCCCACUACCAAAGGUGAAACUCCGUAUAGCAUUAUAGACUUUCCAUGAACCAGCCACAUCCUGACUGACUAGCCGCUUCUCCGGGAGUAUUCAUCACACAGUUUUCUGUAUGUUGUAUCAUCUCUCACACCUCUGGACCUUUGAUCCUGUUGUUCUCUGGGCAACAAUCCUUUUUUUCUUUGCCUCACCUUACUCCCCCUCCUUCUACCUAACACAGACACAUAUACCAUAGGGAAUAUAGGAAUAGUUUGUCACUGUCAUUGUAUACUCAGUUUAUAUGUCACCUCUCAGAGGCUUCCCAAAUCUGAAGCAAAGUCUUUGUCUCUUGUACUCUAUGACAUACCCCUAUAUGCAGGCAUCCCCUGUGUUUUACAGAUAUUCAUUUAUCUGGUUUCCUUAAUACAUUUUAUAGUUCUUAAGAAUAGCAACUUGUAUUCAUGUUUGUAACCUCCGUCUUUAACUAAGCAUCAUCUCUUUCUCAUAGUAGGCAUUCAGAUAAAUGUUUCUUCCGUGAGUAAAUUAAUUCAUUGGAUACUGGCUUAACCUUUCAUUUAGUUUGACUGGAUAAUAGUGGACCAUGCUGCUAUUUUUCUGCUACUCAUGAAAGUAUUACUUUAAAAGUGUAUUAUUUGUAUAGAAUCUUGAAGUAAAAUUUGAUCAACUAGCUCAUGUCUCUAAAAUGCCCCAAGAACUAAGGUAUUUUAUGUUUAAGUUAUAUGUCUAAAUUAUACCACUGUCAAUAAAAUAAACUCCUCAUUCACAAGGAUCAUUUUUUUACACAAAUGAUUUUUAGUUAACAGUUAUUUUAGGGGUAAAAAUAUUAUGGCUUUAACUUUUCAAUAAUUUAUAGAUCUUUGGAGAAAGCUAACUGAAAAGUGUAGCAAUUUGUGACUUUAGGGGAAUUCUGUGGCUAGAAAUUUAAAUGUUAAUGAAAUUAUAGGAGAGGUGGGAGGGUACUGCUGCUCUAAAUUUGUCUAUAGCCAUUUAUUUUAUAAUAAUUUUUCGCUAUCCACCAUCUAUAUUGUUAAACUGAAAUGAAGGUUUCACUUCUCAUUUUCUUUAUUUUUAUGUAUUUAUUUAUUUUUUAGAGACAGGAUUUCACACUGUCAUCCAGGCUGGAGUACAGUGGCACGAUGAUGGCUCACUGCAGCCUUGCACUCCUGGGCUCAAGCGAUCCUCCUGCCUCAGCUUCUUCAGUAGUGGAACUACAGCCAUGCACCACCACACCCAGCUAGUUUAUUUAUUUUUAUUUUAUUUUUUCAUUUAUUUAUUUAUUUAUUAUUGAGACAGAGUCUCGCUCUAUCACCCAGGCUAGAGUGCAGUGGCGUGAUCUUGGCUCACUGCAGCCUCUGCCUCCCAGUUCAAGCAGUUCUCCUGCCUCAGCCUCCUGAGUAGCUGGGUUUACAGGCUCACAUAACCACACUUGGGAAUACGGGGUGCUUUGCAUUCAGGAAUACAGAAAAAACAGCAAAGUGGAGUCAAGUACACGUAACAACUUCAUGGGCUUGAAGGAUCACCUAGGGCAUGACCUCGGCCACCUUUAUGUGGAGAGCACUGACCCACAGUUAAGUCCAGCUGUACCUUGGUCAACAGUAGAAAACCCAAGUAUGGAUACCGUUAAUGUGGGGAAGGAUGAAAAAGAGGUGUCUGAAGAGAAUGCAAGCUCUGGUGACUCUGAAGAAAACACAAAUUCUGAUCAUGAGUCAGAACAAUUGGGUAGCAUUUCAGUAGAGCCGGGCUUGAUAACUAAGACUCACAGACAGCUCUGCAGGUCUCCCUGUUUAGAGCCUCACAUACUCAAGCGCAAUGAAAUUUUGCAAGACUUUAAACCUGAAGAGUCCCAGACUACAUCCAAGGAAGCAAAGAAACCACCCAAUGUGGUGCGAGAAUACCAAACAAAACUGGAGUUUGCACUUAAGUUAGGUUAUUCUGAAGAACAGGUUCAGCUUGUACUAAACAAACUUGGUACUGAUGCUUUAAUCAAUGAUAUUUUGGGAGAACUUGUCAAACUUGGAAAUAAAAGUGAGGCUGAUCAAACGGUUAGUACAAGUAACACUAUAACACGGGAAACUUCUUCCCUGGAAUCUCAGAGGUCUGAAUCUCCAAUGCAAGAGAUUGUAACAGAUGAUGGUGAAAAUCUGAGACCAAUAGUUAUUGAUGGCAGCAAUGUGGCAAUGAGCCAUGGAAACAAAGAAGUAUUUUCCUGCAGAGGAAUAAAAUUGGCAGUGGAUUGGUUUUUGGAAAGAGGCCACAAAGACAUUACAGUUUUUGUUCCUGCUUGGAGGAAAGAGCAAUCCCGACCUGAUGCUCUCAUUACAGAUCAGGAAAUUUUACGUAAAUUAGAGAAGGAGAAAAUCCUGGUGUUCACACCAUCCCGGCGAGUCCAGGGGAGGAGAGUGGUGUGCUAUGACGACAGGUUCAUCGUGAAGCUGGCUUUUGAGUCGGACGGUAUCAUCGUGUCCAAUGAUAACUACAGGGAUUUGGCUAAUGAGAAACCAGAAUGGAAGAAGUUCAUAGAUGAACGAUUAUUAAUGUAUUCAUUUGUCAAUGACAAGUUCAUGCCCCCUGAUGACCCUCUUGGCAGACAUGGCCCCAGUCUGGAUAAUUUUCUGAGGAAGAAACCUAUUGUUCCUGAACACAAAAAGCAGCCUUGUCCAUAUGGAAAGAAGUGUACCUAUGGACACAAGUGCAAAUAUUACCAUCCCGAAAGGGGCAGUCAGCCACAGCGGUCAGUGGCUGAUGAACUCCGUGCCAUGUCUAGAAAUACGGCAGCCAAAACUGCAAACGAAGGAGGACUGGUGAAAAGCAACAGUGUUCCUUGUAGCACCAAGGCUGAUAGCACUUCUGAUGUCAAACGAGGUGCUCCAAAGAGGCAAUCAGAUCCAAGCAUAAGGACGCAAGUCUACCAAGACCUAGAAGAAAAGCUUCCCACCAAAAACAAAUUGGAAACCAGGUCUGUACCUUCCUUAGUUAGCAUCCCAGCUACUUCUACUGCAAAACCCCAAAGCACUACAUCUUUAAGCAAUGGCCUUCCAUCUGGAGUUCAUUUCCCACCUCAGGAUCAAAGACCACAGGGACAAUAUCCUUCAAUGAUGAUGGCAACCAAAAAUCAUGGAACGCCAAUGCCUUAUGAACAGUAUCCAAAAUGUGACUCACCUGUCGACAUCGGAUAUUAUUCCAUGUUGAAUGCAUACUCAAAUCUGAGUCUCUCAGGCCCACGAAGCCCUGAAAGGCGUUUCUCCUUAGACACAGAUUAUAGAAUAAGUUCCGUAGCUUCUGACUGCAGCAGUGAAGGGAGCAUGAGCUGUGGGAGCAGUGACUCCUACGUGGGUUACAAUGACCGGUCCUAUGUCAGCUCCCCCGACCCACAGCUAGAGGAGAAUUUGAAGUGUCAACACAUGCACCCUCACAGCCGCCUUAAUCCUCAACCGUUCCUGCAGAAUUUCCACGACCCCUUAACCAGAGGGCAAAGUUACAGUCACGAAGAACCAAAGUUCCAUCACAAGCCUCCUCUCCCGCACCUGGCUCUGCACCUGCAGCACUCCGCUGUGGGCGCCCGGUCCAGCUGUCCUGGCGACUACCCCUCUCCUCCAAGUUCAGCACACUCUAAGGCACCACACCUAGGGAGGUCCUUGGUGGCCACGAGAAUAGACAGCAUCUCUGACUCUCGACUUUAUGACAGUUCUCCUUCACGACAAAGAAAGCCUUAUUCCCGCCAGGAAGGCCUGGGAAGCUGGGAGCGGCCAGGCUAUGGGAUCGACGCCUAUGGGUACCGGCAGACUUACUCCUUGCCCGAUAACUCCACACAGCCGUGUUAUGAGCAGUUCACCUUCCAGAGCCUCCCUGAGCAGCAGGAGCCAGCCUGGCGGAUCCCAUACUGUGGAAUGCCGCAAGAUCCCCCGAGGUAUCAAGACAACCGAGAAAAGAUUUAUAUCAAUUUGUGCAACAUCUUCCCACCUGACCUUGUGAGAAUUGUCAUGAAAAGGAAUCCUCACAUGACAGACGCCCAGCAGCUCGCCGCAGCCAUUUUAGUGGAGAAAUCCCAGCUGGGUUAUUGAAAGAUGAUGCAUCUUUGUGGUGUUUAGUAGUUUUUUGUUCAGCUCAAAUGCUGAGGGAGGUUUGCUACAAUAGCACAUGUGAUCUCCUUCUCAGCAAGGAGGUUAUAUAGUAUCCAUUUAUGUGAAAUACUGUAUCAUGGAAUCUGUAUGUAUAGCCCCACAUGGUGGAAGUAUCACGGGAUUGCUUUACAUUUAAACUUUUUUUUUAACAUUUCCUUUUUAAAGCUAUAUCCUUGGCUGGAAAUUUUUCCAGUUUGAUUUAAUAGAUGUAUCUGUGAUCUUUGAUAUUAAUCUUUGGUGCAUCAGGGGUUUAUAUGCAGCACUUUUUAUCCUUGUUUUGUGUUUUAUUAACUUGGUGUUUGUCUAUCAAUUGCAAGCAAUUACAAUACCUUCAGAAUGUGGGACAUUUGACUAGACCUAGCAAACUGUUUUUUCGAGCCAAGCUUAGUUAGACUCUUUUACAGCUUUUUAAGUUAUUUUUAUUUGGGGAAAGUGGGCUUCUUUGUGCUAUAAUCAUUAUUUAUAGAAACAAAGAUAUACUACAGCACUGACUUUAUAUUUUAAACAAAAUGUAAGUUACCAGUUUUAUGUUGAAAUGGGUUACAGUAUAUAUAUAUUAGAAUGAUUUACAAUAUGGCACUUUUCGAUGUGUUAUUUUUGUUUGGAUUUUUUUUUCUGUUAAGAAAUUAGUUAAUUUAAUAUGGUCAAUUUAAAAGAAAGCAGAUGCAAUCAAUGGAAAAAUGUUUCCAUUUUUUAAAAAUGAAUAAGGCAAAAGCUGUAACUGUUACAGGUUAGAGCUUUGUUAUCCAGCUAUGAUGUGCUUCUUGACAGUAGAAGUGGAAUUGAAUUCCUAGAUUUCCAUUAACCUGUAUUUUUAAUAUGUCUGUCUUUUUGUUUUGGGGCACAACAAUACUGGAUAAAAUAACCCUUUCACAGCACUUGCCUGUUUUUAAUGAAUCUAAUUAUUCACAAUGCAACUUUUAUAUUUAACAUACUCUUUAGCUUUCCUGCUAUUUAUCAAGGCUGGCCUGAGGUGGGUUUAUGUGUUGAGGUUAUGCAACAUUUCUUGAUACUGCACUAUAGAAAUGGUGAUGGAGGAGUUGUAAAUGGUAACUUAAAAUUUUUGUAAGAUAUUGUAUAUUUUCCAUUUUCCUGAAGGUAGUUUUCUUGGGGGGCCUGUUAUAUUAUUAAGGCCAGACUCUUGCCACAAAUAGUGUAGUUUUAGAUACAGACUAAGGUCUGUUCUAGUAUUAGUAAGGGAUAUUUCUGGUUUCAAAGUCAUGGGUUUUGCUAGUGGUGAAUACAUUUCUGCGGAGUAGAAGAUAGAUUUUGCAGUCAGUGGCAGACAGUUGUGUGAUUGACAUCACUUGACUGUUGCGUCCAGGUUUUGAAUUGUACUUCAUGUAACAGAUGCAUUCAGAUCUUUUUCUGUAGUCUGCUUAGAUGCCCUGGCUAUUCUGAUUAUUCUACAUGCUACAGUUUGAAGUGAAGCCCUGAAAAACCAGAAAGUACCUUUUACUGUUGAUACAAAUUGUAUCUUUUUAACUAUAAGAACUAUUUUGAUUUGUAGAUCUAGUUAAAACACAAGUAUGUAACUAUGAUUAGACUUUUGGGCAACAUUUUAUCCCUUAUUUAAAUACAAAUUUUUAAAGUAAAAUUGAGGUCUAGAUUAGAAAAUAAAAAUAACAAUUUAGAUAAAUAGAAAUGUCUGUCUUAGUUUUAUAUAAUAUAUUAAAACACAGUAAAUAAAUUUAUUGGCAUUUUCUUUCUCCUAAAACUUACCUAGUGUGAACUUAAAAUAAAGGUAAAAUGCUGCCUGAAAAUAACGUCCAAGCACCUUUGACUAGGAUAACAUUUUCACUACUUGUGUGACACUGUGUGUUGCACGAAGUAGGAUUUGGGUAUACAGUAAAUGCUUCUAAAAGGCAUUGUGCAUAUUGACAUAACCAAUAAUCUGAACCGUGUUCAGCAAACUUAAUUCAGGAAAGUGGUAUUCUACACAAUUAUUGCUGUUGUGUUUGAAAUGAGUGUGGCACUCAUCUGUAUCCAGAAAUAAUAUGGGUGAGGCCGCAUAACCCAUUCUGAGUGGUGUCUAUCUGAAAGCAACCCUACUCGCAUGUGAAAUUGUUCUCCUUGAUUUGGUCACUAUAAAGCAAGUUUAAAUGUAGAGGCUAACUCAGUGCCAAAAACAGGGUUACAAAUGUGUAGUAUCUUUUAUUUUAGUCAUAUUCUAAGACUUCUUUUUAGUAUGAAAUCACUUUUAAAUUAUACAUGUAGGUUUUGCUUCCAUUUUCUUCAUUUUACCAUUUUAAUUAUUUGAACAUUCGCCAAAUUUUACAUUUAUUUAAAAGAGAUCUUAGGUGAGAUGUGUGUGACACUUUGAAUUUGACCUUCUUGUGUUAUUAGCUGACUAUUUGUCAUUGCCUCAUGGAUUUUAAAUUAUGGGAAAAUAGUGUAGCCAGCUGCCACCUCUACUGAAGUGAGUAGCUCUGAACUACCCACACUAAAUCCUUCAGUGUAAUUAAUUAUGAGUUUAAAAAUAGCAGUUUUCUUAUGUGAAGAGGACAGUUUGUCCCCUUUUUUUGAAGCACCAAUGUUGCGUUCAGAGCUGUAGAAUGAGAUAAUUGGCAGACUUUAGGUACAGCAAAUUCUUACUUAUCUAAAGCAAUAAGUCAAAGGAGUCCAUCAUUAAAUUAAAUCCAUAGCUGAUCACAAGCCUUCAUUUUAGCCAAAACUUUCUCUCUAACCAAAUCUUUUACCAGACUUGCUAAUAAAUAACCAGAGAGAUGUGUUAAUAAGUGAAGUUGCCAGAAAUGGUCAGCUGAUCGGAAAAAAAAGGAUUCAGACUGGAGUAUUUUGCCCCUGAAUAAUUGACAGUUGACUGUGCUUUACACAGUAAUUAGCCAGUCUGUUGUCUCUGUGUCUUAGUCCAGAGGGAAUAGUACCCAACUGGCCAAAUACUGGCCCUUAGUAUUUCCUCCUUUCUUGCAUGGGAUACAGAUGUUUUCAGUCUUGUUUUUAUGAUCUCUCUCUAUAUCCUGAUAAGAGUUUGUCAUUGACUUACACAUUUGGAAGAAAUGCACACCAGUACAAUAUAUUUGAUACUGGUAGAAACUUGAACUUUGUGUUUUUAUGAAAAUUCAUUUAUGAGAAUAUGUAAUAUAACUGAAGAGUAUUUUAUGUAUAUCUAUAUACACAAAUAUGUAUUUGUUAUGAGGUAUUAAAAACAGGGGUUGGGGGGAGUGCUUCUGAUGGCUAACUUUUCUCUAAUUAAACUGUGUUCCUUUGAGUUGUGAACGACCAAGUCUGGGGUCUGGAUGGCCAAUGAUAAGAUUUAGAACCACUUGGAUGGAAAGCAGUUCUUCACUGGUUUUAUUCUUGGUAUUUUCAAAGAAUUAUUUUGAUAUUUUUAAUAGAAUGUGUAAUUUUAAAAUACACAAAAAACUUAAAGUAGUAUUGAUUAUACAAAUAAUUAUUUAACAUGUCAUGGAUGUAUCUAUAUGUAUAUAGACAGUAAUAUAUUUAUAAAACAAAUAUACUUGCUUAUAGCUCUUAGUUUGUGACAGGUGGGAAGAUGGCUUUGGGGGUGUGUGUGUGUGUGUGUGUGUGUGUGUGUGUGUGUGUUUUGAAAACUCUCAAGCUGUUUUCCCUCUGAUUUACAAUGGUAUUUACUUUAAAGUAUGUUUGGUUUUCAUUAUUCUUUUUGCUCUCCAACUUCCUUAUUCAAGAUAAAAUAAGAUAUACAGUUUUCUGGCCAUUCUGUUGGUGUGUGGUGCACCCAUUUUAUUGUCAUCUAACUCCUGGAGAAUUCCCACGUGACCUGAAAUCAAACAGAUUCUGGUUGGACAUAUGCUUAUGUUCCAAAUAUAUUAAAGAUGGUAAUUCAGCUAACAGUUAAGUUUCCAAGGUAUACACCAACAAAUAAAAUGAGGUAUUAAAAAGAGACAGAUUACACACAUGCAUUAGAAUAAGAGAAAACAGAGUGUUAAUAAAAGUAAAGAAACAUACACUAUCUUAGCCCCCUAGGGCAGGGGUUGACUUUUUCUGUAAAGGAUCAGAUAGUAAAUAAUACAGGAAUCAUAUGGACUUCAAAUGCCAUUGUAAAAACUACUCAGCUCCGCCUUUAGAGCAUAAGAACAGCCACAGAUAACAUGUAAAUUAGUGUGGCUGUGUUCCAAUAAAACUUUAUUUACAGAAACGGGAAGCGGGUCAGAUUGGGCCUGUGGGCCAUAGUUUGCUGAUCUCAAGCAGUAAAUCCUGGUAUAUGUUAAUAGAAGAAAACAUAAUUGCAUUUCAGUUGACAUUAAAAGAAAAUCUGGUAGUUUCUGAUGUCCUUCAAAAGAGGAUUGUUAGACAUUCAUAUUAAAGCAUCUUAAUUCAUUUGAGUUUUCUUACCUGUUUACACCCAUUAUUUAUUAGAGAUAUUUCUUGUGUUUAACCACAAAAAAAGCACUCUGUUAAAAUGUUUUAAUAUGUAUUGAAUUUCUUUCAUGAACUUUUCAUUUCUGUUGAUAAAUGGGAAUCCCUUACCAACCUUUUGUUUUUUAAAAGUCUCAUAGACCAAAAAAAAUCUGUUGCCGCAUUUAAUUAGCCACAAAUACAUUUUGGCUGCAUUUACCAGUUACAUUUUUCCGUUGGUUUUGGCUUCUAAUAAAUAACAUAUCUGCCAUUCUUUAAAACUGAUUUUAAAGAAGAUAAAUAUAUUGUAAUUUCACAUGCUAUAGCUUUAUUCUGUAAGAUUAAAAAUUGUGACUAGUAUAAUUGUAGCUAUAAUGUGAGUGGCAUGUUACAAUGUAACUCUUUAUGAGAAAUAAAAUGUAUCUCUGCUUUGUCUGUCCAGAUCUUUAGGAUUUUUAGAUGCCUUGGGACUGUCCUUGGUGAAUGAUAUUCUUCAUAUGAUCAUAUGUAAUUUUGAAUUCGUUGGAAGUAUACGCUGCUGAGCAUGUUCAUUCACAGUGCUUUGUACCGGGUGUUGCAUCAAUAAUCAUUUUCAAAAGAACAUUUAAACAGCAUGAACAUCAUUAUCCACUUAAAUAGUUAAACUUUCUUUUAAAAUUGGAAUGCAACUACAGGUUUUAACAAUGUUUAUUGUUUCUUAAGUGGUUACUUUGUUUUUCCUUAAUACUUUCUGUUAACUUAAUUAUUACUCCUGUUGCAGCGUUACUGUUAUGUAUUAGAAGUGGCUUUUCCCCCGAAGAUCCUUAGUCUUUUAGAUUUCAAGACAAUUUAAGGUAUUGGCCAUUUGGCAGUAGAAAAUGUGCAUGUUUUAACUUGGUUUUAUAAAAUCCGUAAUGUUUUACUUCUUGAACCAUGUACCAAAUUUGCCAAUUUUCUGUCCAAGUAUUUCAGAUGAAUAACAAAACGCUGUUCAUUAAAGCUUUCGCCACCUUUCUUAAAGCAGCUUAUGUUCCAAGGGAAAAAGGCAUUGAAAAGCAAUCGUUUGUUUUUAUGAAGAAUAUGUGUUCAGAUUCCUUCAGUUUUUUUGAAAUUAUAAAUUUCUUACCUUAUGUGAAAUAUUCAAAAACGUGCAAACUUCUGCAGAGACAAAGCAUUUCACUGCAAGUGUACCAGGUUAUUGAUUUUAUCUUUUCCUUUCAGGGUUUUGUCCUCCCAAACCAGAGUCGUAUGCUGCUAGUAGAAUUUUUUAUUUGAUCCUGUGAACUUUUCUUAUAGGAAAAGUAAGGCAAAGGAUGUUUACUGCAACCAUCUGAUAAACUAAUGUGAUUGUAUUUAUCCUCUGUUCUGUGUAUUUCUGUAAUGGAAUCUUUACAAUUCCCAAAACAGUAUUUUAGGCCUGCUGGAAAUCUGUAUCGAAACAGCUAUGUGAUUCUGCCACUGAGAAAAAAAAAAUUUUAAUUCGUUUUUCUUACGCUGGUUUGUUUUUCUUUAAUGAAGAAAUUGAGCUCAUAUGGCACCAUAGAUGCUAAAUAAAUAAAAGCAUCAUACUUCUCUAGUUUGCCUGCAUUCAGUGGCUAACAUUAUGAGCAUUGUGUAAGAUAAACACAUGGUCAGUAUCAAUGUAAAUGUUAGAGCCAUGAUUAAUUCCUAUGAAAAUUGAAAUUAAAUGUCAAAGACAACUAGACAUAA